AUGGCACCUAGACUCCCUCCUCCCCCGCAGCCUAACGAACCUGAUGCGUCCAACAACGCUAGGUUGUUGGAGACGGUGAUAGACCGCUUACAGCAACAAAAUACGACCCUCAUGGAGCAGAACGCCACUCUGAUGCAGCAAAAUCAAGCUGCUAUGCAGAGCUUGGAGUCCUCUCGUGCAAAUUCUGAGACCACGCAGAGGCAAUUGAUGGAGAUACUUGCAGCAACUAGAGGUGCGUCUGGAGCAUCCUCUUCAAACGCUGCCCAACCAAAUGCUGAAUGGAGCUUGGAGAGUUUCCUCCAACACCAUCCGGCUAAGUUCAGUGGGAAGGGUCUCCCAGAUGAAGCAGAUCAAUGGUUAAGGGAUAUAGAGAAAAUUUUCAAUGCCAAGAGAUGCCCAGAUGAGAAUAGAUUAGCGUACGCGGAGUAUCUGUUGACGGGAGAAGCAAGUCAUUGGUGGACGAGCGCGAGAGCCAUUCUCGCAGACGCACGACAGCCAGUCACUUGGGAAGUGUUUAGGGCUAAGUUUUAUGAAGAAUACUUUCCGGACAGCGUUCGGUUUGCGAAGGAGGUAGAAUUUCUACAACUGGUUCAAGGAGGUAUGUCUGUUUCCGAAUACACCAAUAAGUUCAAGCAUCUCGUCAGAUUCAAUACCAUGGCCACAAGUGAAGUAUGGCAGUGUAGAAAGUUUGAAAACGGAUUGCGGAGCGACUUGAAAGUGUUGAUAUCCAGUUUGUGUAUCCGAACGUUCCCUGCUAUGGUUGAGAGAGCCAAGGUCUUGGAGAGGAACAUGGCAGAAGCGGAACGUCAGAAGAGGUCGCAACAAGUGAGUAGAGGACCAAUCGUGUCCAGGGGAGGUGCUGUACAGAGGAGACCUCCUUACGCUCGUCCAAAUCAGUCUUCUCAGACGAGCGGAUCUCAAGCAGUGGUUCCUGUCGGACAGUCUGGACAGGGAAGUGUAGUUUGUUUCCGAUGUGGAGGACCACAUUAUAGGUCUUCAUGCCCUCAGUUGGUGGGAGUGAAACAAUGCAAUCGUUGCGGGAGAAGCGGGCACUUGGAUCACGAGUGCAAUAUGAGUGGGCGUGCGGUGAUGAGGCCACCCAAUGCUGGAAGGAAUCAGAUCAUGCUGUGCUUUGUUUGA